UCUACCUUUCUACCACGAAAUCACGGCCUGUUACAUUGUGUUGGAACGAAUCAUUCCAUUGUGUGUGAAAGACGCGAUUUGUUUUUCCCUGGGUCGACUGCACAGAGUUGGCUAGCCCGCCCUGCUGCCUGACGUGUUUGGUGUUUAGCUGUCUGUGUGCCAGCCCGUGCUUUUUAUUUUCUUUCCCACCCACCGACCGCUCCACUCGCCCAUCCACACACUGGUACCCACCCAUUCCCAACCUCAACCCUCCACCUUGUUGUUUGCAUUACGCUCCAAACUACAAACAACUGCACAACUCCUUUUUUGGUUUCUUGCAUACCACGUAAGUAGCCCUUACAUCAAACCAACAACCAUCACCCGCCACGUCGACUCACCCUUCCCUCGUCAUAGUUUUUUUUUGUCGUCAUCCUUGAAAUAUACACACACAUAGCAGCUUCGAUUCACCCCCGCAAUGGCCCGAAUCAGUGGCCUUGCCUCUGAGCACCACCCCCAGGGCCCCGGCGACGCCCACCGUCGCAAAAAGGGUCGAAAGCGUGCUGCCUCUCCUCCACCUGCCGUCCCCCAGGUCAAACGCACCCGUCUGGAUGAUGACGAUACCCACGACGACGACGAGAGCACCCAGGACCAGCUGGCUCGCGAGCUACGAGACGCUGUCUCCCGCUCUCAAUCCCACGACGACGGUGCCGGCAUCGUAGCAUACCCCAGCAUCCGCCGCCAUUCAGACCCCCUAGUAGCAGCCCAGGAUGCUCCAGAGGACUCCCAGGUCACUCCACCUCCACCAUCCACAGCUCCCCUUGCCGGCCGGCCCAACCCUGUCCGUCGAGCCUCUGGUGUCCGCCGUGCCCGCAUGUCAAUGCCUGCCCAGCUGCAUCAUGUCGAUGAAGAAUUCGAAGACAGCAAGGGUCAGCGUUUCCAGUUUCGACCACUCAAAGCCGUCAUCGAUUCCCGUAUCCGUCGCCGUCUUCGCCGCAGCCACCUCAGCCAAGAGGUCAACAACAUUGAACAGCAUGAAAAGGAGGAUAGGAAACUCCGCAAGCAGUUCGCAGAGCUCAAGGCUCUCCUGCAGGAAAAGGACAAUGCCAUCAAAGAUUUGGAGUACCAGCUCGAGGCCCAGCGCAUCGGUAACAUUACCAUGUCAGAGGACCGUGUCCAGGAGCUCGAGCAACAACUGAACCAGACCAAGGACGAAAUGGAUCAAUUACGUCGCUCCUCGCUGUACAAUGGCGAUUCUCGCGAGCCGAGCGCCUUUGAAGAUAUCAUGGAGGAGUACGACGACGGUGAGGAUAAUGACCUGAUGCUCAUCGAUGUUGAUGACAGCGAUGGUCCCGCACCCGUUGAGACUGCUCCGCUGGUCAAUGGCAUUUACGCCCAACGUGCGCUCGAACUAUCCAGUCAGGUCACUGUACACUCUCUGGCAACCAUCUCCCAGACACAAUACGACUCGCUGGCCGACCCUUCGCAGGUGGAUUCCUCGUCUCCUGUCCCAGACAAAAUCUCCGACAAGGCAGUUUCCCGAUAUGAGAACGAAAUUGAGCGUCUCAUUCAGCAGCUGUCCGAGUCCCAAGGUGCUCUUCGUGUCGUUGCCAUUGAGCUACAAAACCUCAACGUCCUCCCACCGGGUGCUUCUACCAAUGUUAUCAUCUCAGCCUUGCGUCACAGCUUUGACGCUCUGCGUGAAGAGCUAGAAAACCUCAUUCCCAAGUGCACGCUGGGGCUCACAAACAGCGACUUACUGCGCAAGAUUCCACAGCUCUUCGAGGGUGCUCUGACAGAACUACGAGAGAAGGUCAUCGCCGCAGAGACCCAUCACCAGAAUGAGAAAAUGCUGCAGCGGCAGUACGAGCAUGUAAUCGAUUUGCUCGCACGUUCCACUGAGAGCAUCGGCAGUUUGGAAGAGAAUGUGGCCGAAUUGACGCAAGAAAACGAGAUCAAGCAGAAUGACGUCGACGAUCUUAGUGAGCAAGUCACUACGUUGAACGAACAGCUCGACACCCAGGACAAUGUCAUCCAGAACCAAUCGGCUGAGUUAAAUGACCUUAAAGUCGAAAUCGCUGAUAAAGAGACGUCGCUGGGUAGACUCCGCGACUCCCUCGAGAACUAUCGCGACGAAGUUAACAAGCUCACAACGACUGUGACGGACCUCGAAGAGACCCACCGCCACACCCUGAUCGACUUGGAAGAGGCGCAUGCAACCGCAAUCAACAACCUUCAGACCAGCCUUGAAGAGCAGAUUGAAGGACGUACGAUCGCUGAGAACGAUGCGCUCGACAAGAAGGCGUACAUCGAGGACUUGGAGGAAAGCGUCACCCGCAUGGAGAACGAGUUCGAGACGCUUAGGAGCGAGUUGGAUCAGCUCCGACAACGUCUAUCCGAGGAGACAGAACUCCGACAGGAAGUUGAGGGUGAGCGUGAUACCCAAGCUGACAUGGCCUACAACCGCGCAAAUAUAAUUGAGAAUCUGGAGGAGGCUUUCAGUGAUGUCGAGAAGCAGCUUGCCGCCAAGAAGGAACUCCUUGAGAGCGAGCGUGCGAAGCUGGCGGAGACUGAGGAUCGCCUGCAUGGCGCCGAAGAUGAGAUUGCCCAGCUGGAAGAGCAGCUGCACAAUUCUGGCGUACAGGCCAACGAGCUUCGAUCAAAGCUGUUUCAACUGCAGCAAGAUAAGGAAGAGACUAUCAUCCGCCUUGAAGAUGAUGCUCGCGAGCAAGCGGAAGCCGACCAAGAUGCGUUGCAGGAGGAGGCGCAGAAACGCGAGACUGCCGAAGCGGAGGUCGCUUCUCUCACUACCAAAGUCGAAGGCCUGCAAGGUGAGAUUGAUGCUCUCGAGCGCGGUAUGGAAGGCCUGCGCAACGAUCUCGCCGACCUCGAGGAAAACCGCGACAACCACGUCACUACACUCGACACACAACUCGCAGAUCUCCGCAACAAAUACGCCGCUUUAGAGAAUUCCACCAACAGCACCAUUACGACAUUGCAGGCCAACAUCACGGAUCUCACCAACGAAGUGAACGCACAGGCUGCUGAGCUGGAACGGGUCCGUGCUGCAGCUGCCGAGAACGAGACGAUGCUACGGGAAGAGAUCGCCGAGAAGGCGGAUACAAUCACUGUGCUCGAGACCGACCUGGCCGACGCCCAAGCCAAGAACGUUCAGCUCGAACGUGAGAACAAGUCACUCUCGGAGCGCGUUGAGGAGGAGGCCUCGGAAAUGCUGCGAAUCAGCGAUCUUCAUCACCAGGAAUCCACGGCACUGCGCGCCGCGAUCAAGACACACGAGGCCACCAUUGUCAACCUUCAAAACGCAGCCACUGCGCGUGAAAAGGCACACGUAGAACUUAUUGCCGAAAAGGAACUCGAGAUUCAAGGCCUACAGGUCAUUGGCGACACGCGUGCUGCUGCCAUCGUCGAACUGGAAUCUCAGAUCGAUGUCAUCAAGGAAACCUUCGCUGCGGCAGAGGAAGACACUAGGAACACCAUCGACGCCCUAGUUGAAACCCAACGCCAGCUGCAAUUGCAGAAUCAAGAUCUCGCGCACGCGCUCAAACGUCGCAAUGCCGACGCUGUCAAAGCCGUCAAGGAGAUGAAGGUUGCCGGUGUGGCUGUGCGCACGAAUGGUGUCAAGGGCGAUUUACAUCGUGUUGUUGGCGGCAAAAUCGGCAAGGUCAGCGAGAAGGUCAAGGUCGGAAAGAAGGUCAACGGCCGGGGCAAGAAGGAGAAAAUUGCCAAGAGACAGUGGGAUAGUGGAUUCCACGAAGCUGUUGUCGAUGACGAUGAGGGCUUGGUCGAUGGUGAAGAUGACGGAUUGGUCGUUGUUUAAGGGGUCGCAUGAGCUGUUGUUGAUAUGGUAUUUCUGGAUAUCGAUUUCUUGUGAGAAAUUGGAUAUGAUUAUAUGGAUUGGUGAAGAC